UCAUUCAUAAUGUUAUUAUCUGUAAGAAGCGUUAACUGUUCAUCCGCACACGAUCCACUCGGCCGCGUAUACCUCUCCACGGAAAUACUCGUCGCGAUGUUACGUCAAACCACGAUUACACCGAUUACGUUACCGAUCGAAUAGUGCUAAUGGGAUACGUUAAGAGAUUGGCUGCGGUCGAAAGGGUACAAAAGUGUUGAUUUGUCGAACGAUGAACGAUCCCGAGAUCUCUCUCUCUCGAGUGCACAGAGCGGUGUACCGUUAACCGUACGCCUCGUUAGUUCCUGCUAUUUAACGGACUUUCUAAUACGCGCACGAACGAGCCGAAAAAACUAAACGGAAUCGAACGAUCGUUUCGAGAAAACACGCUGACAAUCCGAAGACGUUUGAAGUAACAUUCCGAGUACGACGACAGACGACGGACGACGAGCGAGACCGGAGGAAGAUUAACCAGAACAAGGCGGGGCAGUAAAAUGCUCCUCGGGAAAUGAAAAGAAAUCGGCUGAACGGUAUUGCGAAACGACGAAGGGACGGACAUUGUAAAUGUGCGAUAUUAUUCUUGGAUACGUACGUCUGCCGGCUUAAUAGGUAACAGUGGCAGCACGCCCCAAACAUACAGCAACGUAAAGUUCAUUGAUCACCGAACAACACGGACUCUCGUUCACCGGCACCUUCCGUCGUUACGAUCGUGUUCGCGUUACUCGUGUUAUUAACGAGCCGUUACCACCAUUAUUCCCGGCACAUAUUUUGCGUACGAUCUCCGAAUAUCCCCGAGCGACGGUCGAGGAGGUUUCCGAAUUGAACCACAUCACACACCUACGGAGCGCUUGUCUCCGCCUUGGCAUGAAUUAUACGGAACGUCAGUGGUUCUCAGUAUGCGACAAACGGCGCGAUUAUUCAUUGAUGGACUACCGCCGCACGGUGAUGUCCGAGUGUGGCAACCCGUAACCGCGAAAAGGAUAGAGACCGACGACGAACAACCCGAACAACUCGAACCCGAUACACAACUGACUCUGCCAGUGUAUUGGUCGUGCGGCCCGCGAUGCGUUCUACAAGGGCGGUGUCAUGCGAAAAGGCACCGUCAACGGCAUCUACCGGGCCGCUAACGAAACCGUUCGAAACGCCGGUUUCUUGUAUCAUCAGUUUCAGAAUGCUCCUCGCAUUCGGUCACUAUCAACGUUACCAUUUUAUUUGGACUUUUUGAAAAAUUCAAACAAUGGAUUUUAGACGAAUCGAUGAUGCAUUGUUUAACAAUUUUAAUUUGUUACAUUGAUAUUUCCAUUGAUACUGGUUCACUCAUUAGUAGAUGUAUGCUUCUUCGUACUAUGUAAUGACAUCUAAGUACAUCAAUAAGUAAUCAUCGAGAAGAAUGUAUUCAUUCAUCUUUUAUUUAACCUUUGAAACUUUAAUGUACGAGAAAUUGAAUUUAAUGUUCAGUGAAAUUAAUAGUCUCCAUUAUAGUUUAUUUAACUUUCAUUGGAGUUUAAUACGAACUGAAUUUAAUAGGUAAUAAAAUUUCUGUGCUAUUGCCUUUUAUUUAAUUUGAGGUAAUGGGAGAUGAAAGUAUAGAAUUGUGAUAAUUUUCGUAUUUGAUCGAGCAAGGAAAUUAUUUAUUUCCUUUUUAUUUUAAUUAAUUAGUUAUACGGCUUUCGUUUAUUUUAUUCAUUUUAAUUUUAAUUUGAUGAACAUCGGAUCAUUAUUUUUGUCCGCCAAUGCAUCGGGGUACUUCUGACGGUGUCGGUAUUUCAGAACGGUAGACAGAAAAGUACAUUGUAUGCAGUUUGUAUAUAACUUAAGUUUGUGUAACUUACGCUCUUUUACUUGUGAAGUUGCGUAAGAUGGCGCUGCCAAUCUAAACGCUGAUGAGAAGUGUCAAUUUACGGACGUUUCGAGUCUAAAAUUACAAAUUGUCAAAUGAAUAAAAAGAACAGCAACAACGAUCGUGAUCAUCGUAGUUUUGUGUUGUACGAGUAGCGAGUGUCAUAUUGGAACUUAUUUUCCUAUGGUACGAGUCAAUCACGACUUCAGAAUAGAUGAUUUAAUGUGAAUCUAUUGUAUGUGCUAUCGCAUUAAGAGACAAUGUCAGACGAGGAAGACACAGCGAUAUUGUUAAACAGUGCGAACAAGACCACAGAAACAUCUAUAAAUAAAGUUCCAAACGAGGAAUACCAAUGUAUACCUCCAAAAAACUUGAGGAAGCCAAUUCCAAAGCAAAAUGACAACCUAACGCCGUUGACAUCAGGAAAUCAGAAUGUUUUCGUUUCCAUGGUGGCAGUUUUAGCAGGGAUUGCUUUUGGGUGUGACAUGGGAGUAGCAAAACCUAUAGCUCCUCUAAUUAAACAUGAAUUCAACUUGAACUGUUUUGAAAAAGACUUUGUUAUUAGUAUUUGGUUUAUCGGAGCUCUUCUUGGUGGUUUAACCGGUGGCUUUUUAGUUGAUUCGUUCGGCCGUCGUUGGACAAUGAUACUAACACUAGUGUUCUUAACGUUUGGAGCAACAUUGUCAGCCUUGGCGAAUCAUUAUAUUCUGCUCCUCGUAGCGCGAAUAAUAUGCGGCUAUUCCGGAUCCGUUUCAGCUGUGGCGCAUUGCAUUUACAUGGCAGAAGUGUCUGAUUCGAAUAAACGCGGGUACAACGUAAUGCUGUAUCAGUUAGGCACGGCUACCGGAUUCUUGGUAUCCGUUAUUGCCGCUGCUGUAAAAAACAUAGAUUAUCAAUGGCGGUUCUCCAUUGGUAUAACAGCCGUUCCUUCCUUGGCUGCUUGUAUCAUUACCAUCAUAUUUCUUCAACGGUCUCCGCCGUUCUUGCUCUAUAAACGCAUAACGAACGUCUCGAAGACACCAUCGAAAAAUGCUUGGCACAUGAUUCUCGAAACCUUCACGAUCAUGGUGUUCUUACUGAUACUGCAACAGGGUACUGGUAAACGUCAAGUUCUAUAUUACGCGCCUCGAUUGUUCGCGUUACUGGGAAUUUGUUCAAAUGUUGCUGAAAUAACCGCUUUAAUAUCUCUCGGCGUGGUGAAGGUGUUCAGCACGGUACUGUCAUUGAUCAUAGUGGAAAGAUGCGGACGACGGACUGCUUUAAUUACAUCCGCAACAAUCUGCAUGACAACGAUAUCAUUGUUGUCACUGUUGGCUACCAUAGACAGAAGCGACGACAACUUAGGCAUAAUAACUCCUCAUUGCAAGAACUACCGCAACGAGGAGAUUAAAGUUCAGAACUCUAUACCAGCCGGAUCUCCACCGCCAUUUCCAUUGUUACCAACACCGUUGGCCAUAGUCGCUCCCAGUCCAGAGACAUGGACUCAAGUGAAAUCCUCUUGCGAGACUCAGAACAUUAUUGUCUCGGAAGGUCUUACCGGUGGUUUACGGAUUUUGGCAGUAAUAACGUUACUCGUGUACGAGGCUGCGUACGCUUUAGGACUUGGUCCGGUACCGUUGCUGAAUCUUACUGAAGUCUUCCCAGCCGCGAUACGAGGAAAGUGCAUUAGUCUUCUUUCCAUUGUCAUAUGGGUAACACACAUUAUUGCCACAGAAUCUGUUGUUUCUAUGAUUAAAUCACUAACACUGGCAGGAUCGUAUCUGUUCUACAGCUUCAUGUGUUUGAUCACCAUAUUUUACGUUUUCCUGUUCAUUCCAGAGACUAAAGGGAAAUCUCUGCAUCAAGUUGCUCAAGAGUUACGGAAAAUUUCCCUUGGAACACGGAUAUGCAACAAUUUGCGGAGCCUGCCGUUGAUCUGUCACAUCAAAUGGAUAAAGAAAUACGACGGGAACGCGAGCGCCGGGCAGAGCACUCUAAUUUGAACGUUAAAAAAUCCGAAUUUGUAUACCGCAAUGAUUCUAUGCAAUUUAGAAUGCAUUUAUGAAUACGUUUCAAAUGCCAACGAUUUUCCACAUUUUCUAUGUGUAGACGAUUCGCUGUUAGUUUUAAGGAACGAGAGACGUAAGGGUAUUCGCAACUUGUUUGUGCAAUAAUGUUGUGUUCACGAGGGCGUUGUACGUUAAUGACGCGUACCUGGUUAUUUAUACGAAACUUGUUUGACUGCCAAUCAUUGUAUUACAUAUCAGACGAACACGACAAGGAACGUCUAACGUGCAAUCAACUUUUAUACUUAAAAGACUGACAGUAUAGUUUAUUAUCAUUAUUAUUAUUAUUUAGUUUUUAUUUAUUCUUUAUUGAUUUCGUUGAACGUCGUAUCGAAAUUAUUUCAAUGGAAAGUGUAAUUGAACUCGUGCGUACAAACGAGAAAUAAGUACUAAGUAAACGAUAAAAGUAAUUAAUUGUAUGUUAUGUAGUAUAGUGAAGAUUGCACUGGUAAAAGUUAUGUUAACAUACAUAUAUAUAUAAAU